AUGAGUGAACAUCAUCAGCAAUCGCACACAAGUGACAGUCGACAUCAUUUGGCUAUAUGGUGUCGAGCAGAAGUGUUUACGUUUGGUGCGUUGACGACGCCACCACCGCCAGAUAUUACUCCUGCAAGUUUGAAAGCUCUUGUCAAGUACAUGAAGAAAAGCGGAACGGCUGGUUAUCCCAAAAUGAAUUAUAUGCUUUGGCGACAUAUUGCUUGUUCGAAAUUACAUAUGUCUGAAGAAUUAGCGUGGAUGUAUUUCGAAACGUACAGUAUGUUAACCAACGUUUCAUCACAACGGCGAAUACAAACGGAUAUUCAAACAUCGAAAGCGCAUACUCCGACUGAAAUCGAACGCCUCAAAGAUUCUCGAAAAGUCGAUAGUUUAGCGUUCAUUCUUCUUCUAUUUCUGCAAUCAUUCCAUCAAAUUGAUCUGAAAUCAACACUUUCUCGUGAUGAAUGGCCGAAUCGCAAACGAAACUCGGAUCUCGAUGCCCGAAAGAAUCGCAUUUAUGACGAGCAAAGUCAUCAGCUAUUUAUUCAAACACAUUUAGAUGAUCUAUUAAACAUUGUUGCAGAAACACCAGGUAUGUCCACACUCGAAAACAAAACGGCUUUAGUUUUAUUUUGGUUUUAUUAUUUUCAAGAAUCAAAUGCAAGCGAAAGUGUUCAAUCAGCCACUUUAAAUAUGGAUGCGAUUACAGCUCUUAGUUAUAUAUUCGAAGGUACACUUCAUGAUAAUCUUCGAAAGAUUAUUACAUUCCAUGAAAUCCUUCAAAAUCCAUCGAUUCAACAUGAAAUCGGCGUUAAUAAAUCGAUUGUUCCAUUUAAAAAUCUGUCAAAUCUAAUUCGUCGUUCACUUAUUGCAAAUCCAUUUCAAGUUGGCCAGACCAUGAAACGUGGAACACUUUUACCAUUACCAUUCAAUAAUCCUACUCAUGAACAAAGAUCUGGCCGUGUUCUAUGUAAUUCAAAUUUCGCGGAUGAACGACAUCGAUUUGUAUUGAUGACAAUGAUUAAUCGAUCUUUAAGUGAUCAGCAAUCAUCUGAUAUUACUAAUGCAGAAUUUCGUAUACAUCGAUGCAGUUAUUCAUAUAUCUACAUACUUGCUCCAUUACGAUGCGUUGAAGUUCGUAAAUGUCACAAUGUAACAAUCGUUCUUGGUGCUGUUGAAACAACAUUGAAAGUCACCGAUUGUGAAAACGUUUCCAUUUCUGCUGUAUGCCGUCGAUUACUAAUCAGUCAAUGUCGCUCAUCAUCUUUCUAUAUCCAUACGCCAUCACGACCAUUAAUUCAAUUGAAUUGUGCUGGUCUGUUAUUCGCACCUUACAAUUCCUCUCAUGUGGAAUUACUUGAACAAAUGGAACGCAGUGGUCUCUGCAAAGAACUUAAUCUAUGGAAUAAACCAUUAGUAACUCAUCCAGCUGGAUAUGUUGAUGAACAACCAUGGUCUUUACUUCCACCAGACGAUUUUUAUCCUAUCAGUUCGAUUCGUUUGGAAGAUCAACAAGCAGAUGGUUUACUUCCACUUCCGGUGGAAUAUCAAUCAGCAAUGGACAAACGACAAAAGUCAAUUUCGACUCUAGCUAAUGAAAUUACGGCUGCUCAAUUGAAUUCGGAACAACGCCAACGUUUUCAACGUUUUGUUGUGUCAAAUUUCGAAGCAUGGCUUGAUGCAACAGGAAAUGCGAAAAUUUUGAAUCAUCUAUCAAGUUUACAACAACAAUAA